AUGACACUAACCAAAACGAGCAAUAUAAACAACAAGAAAAACAGGAACAACAAGAAGCGGCAGCGAUGGCAGCAGCAGCUGCUGCUGCUGCAUCAUCAGCAUCCGGUGCAGCAGCAGCAGCAGCAGAAGCAGCAGCAGCAGCAGUCGAAGCAGAAGAGACUGAGCAAAAGCAUCAGUAGAAGCAAAAGAGACAGCAGCAGAAGCCGCAGCAGAAGAGACAGCAGCAGCAGCAGCAGCAGCAGAAGAGACAGCAGCAGCAGCAGCAGGAGCAGCAGGAGCACAACAACUGCAGCAGGAGAGACUGCUGCAGCAGCAGAAGAGACAGCUGCAGCAGCAAAAGAGGCAGCUGCAGCAGCAGAAGAGACAGCUGGAGUAGCAGAAGAGACAGCUGGAGUAGCAGAAGAGACAGCAGCAGCAGCAGAAGAGACAGCUGCAGCAGCAGAAGAGACAGCUGCAGCAGCAGCAGUAGAAGUGAAAGCUGCAGCAGUAGCAGUAGAAAAGACAACAGCAGCAGCAGAAGAGACAGCGACAGCAGCAGAAGAGACAGCAGCAGCAGCAGAAGAAACAGCAGCAGCAGCAGAAGAGACAGCUGCAGCAGCAGAAGAAACAGCUGCAGCAGCAGCAGUAGAAAAGGCAACGGCAGCAGCAGAAGAGACAGCAGCAGCAGCAGCAGAAGAGACAGCAGCAGCAGCUGCAUAA